AUGACCUCCCAAACACAGCCGCAGGGCGAAGAGCAGGAUGACCCGCUGUUCUUCUUCAUGCCAGACGCACAAUGGGGCGAGUUCUGCCAGUGGUACAAGUCCUGUUUCACAAUCAGCAAAGAGGAGAUAUCCAAGCUUGUUGGACACACUGUAGACGAUUGCGACCCUGCGGGUUCGAUUACGUUUAACUGCGCAGAACAAUUUAUGAUGUACUGCAAAGCUGCACGGUUUCGCGACACAGACCGGCAAUCUCGCAUACUCGCCUCAGACAGCCCUAAAAAGCAAAAGCGGCUAGGCAGGGAAACUAUAGGAUUCACACAUGAAAGCUGGGACCAGAUCAAGAGUGCCGUUGUGGAAGCAGGAAACAUCGCAAAAUUCAGCCAAAACGCGCAUCUGGGACGGAAACUGUUAGCCACCGGCAAUCGAUUGCUCUGCGAAGCUGCAUCUCGUGAUCGCGUAUGGGGUAUCGGGUAUACUGCAAAACAUGCCAUGAAUCAACGGAAGCAUUGGGGGGAGAACCGGCUUGGCAGAGCAUUGAUGGUGACGAGGGAGCAUCUCCGAGAACAGGAAUUACGACAACAACGCCCCUGGGAAUUUUGGGCAGACAAAGAUACCUCUUAG